AUGCUAAUUUUCAAAGAGAAAAUAUAGGAAAAGGAAAAUAAGAAAUAUAAAAGCAGAGAGAAAUACAUUAUUAUUGAUUAAAAUAAAGGGAAAUAAAGAAGAAUCUAUUAUUUGCAGUUAUGUUAAGUGUCUCAUAGAGAAUUUUGUAGACUAGAGAAUUCAAAAUAAGAAUGGAAUAAGAUUUCCCUAAAAAUAUAAGACAAGUAAAAGCUUAAAAUUAGAGAUCCUAUUAGAGAAACAAAAAGAUGGAAUAAAUUUAAUCAGAGAAAAUUAACUUAAAUUUGGUUUGAUAAAUAAGUAUUUGCUUAAAAAAUGUAUUUAAAAAUUAAACUACAAAGUUAAAAUAAGAAAAAUUUGAAUAAUUAGAAAAACAAUUAAUUGAAAGAAUUAAAGUCACACAGUAAUUAUAUUAGGAAAGCUCUUUACGUUUAGAAACAAUAAAAUAGUAAUCAAAUUUUUUUAUAGGUUAACAAUAAAUAUGA